AUGGCUGUCUCCAAUAGCCUGCCUACACCCGCCACGCCCUCUACCACCCAAAAUGGCAGUCACAAAGAAUUCAAUGCUUGGACAUCGCCAGGACCAACAGCCUAUGAUUUUCGAUCUGAUACCAUGACCACACCAACGCUGUCGAUGCUCGAGGCCAUCAAAAACACCACCCUGUUUGACGAUAACUUCCUCGAAGACCCCACUACCAAUGAUCUUGAAGCCCACGUCGCUGAACUAACUGGCCAUGAAGCUGCUCUACUCGUCAUGUCUGGCACCAUGGGCAAUCAAGUGGCUCUGCGCACGCAUUGCACCUCACCUCCGUACUCCAUCGUCGUCGACCACCGAGGCCACAUCAUCAAGUACGAAGCAGGCGGCGUGGCCCUCCUCUCCGGCGCUCUAACCAUUCCUGUCACCCCACGCAACGGCCAUCAUCUCACCCUCCCAGACAUCCAAGCAGCCACCGUCCUCGGCGACGACAUACACGCCUGCCCGACACGCAUCAUCUCCCUGGAGAACACUCUCAACGGCACCGUCCUUCCUCUAGAUGAAUUCCGCGCCAUCUCCGACUUCGCCCGCGCCAACAACAUAGCCUUGCACCUAGACGGCGCGCGCAUCUGGGAGGUCGCAUCAACAGGCAAGCACGGCUCCCUGCGCGACUACACCUCCCUCUGCGACAGCGUCUCGCUCUGCUUCAGCAAAGGCCUAGGCGCACCCAUCGGCAGCGUCAUCGUCGGCAGCAAAGCCUUCAUCAAGCGCGCACGCCAUUUCCGCAAGAUGCUCGGUGGCGGCACUCGGCAAGCCGGCGUCAUCUCAGCCGCGGCGCGCGUCGCCGUCGACGAGCAGUUCGGCCUGGGCCAAAAUGGAGAGGGCGGAAAGCUGCGCGCCACGCACGAGCGCGCACGCCAGAUCGCCGAGACCUGGGAGAAGAAAGGCGGCAAGUUGACGAGCCCCACCGAGACCAACAUGGUGUGGCUCGACCUGGCUGCCGCGGGGGUAUCGGGCGAGGACUUCGUGGCGUCGGGCAAGAACCAGGGCCUGAAGUUGUUUGCAGGGCGCGUUGUGGUCCAUUUCCAGAUCAGCGAGGAUGCGGUGCGGCGGUUGGAGAUCGUCAUGGACGAGGUGCUGGCGUGGGGGAAGAAGACGGCGGGAACGAGGAAGCUUGGGCAUGAGCGCCCGGAGAACAUGUACGCUAACGGCAACGGACAGAGCGCAAAGGCCGAUGAUCGGGAUGAGAUGUAG